AGCAGAGCCGAGCAAACAUGCCGAGGUCUUUCCUGGUGAAGAGUAAGCGGGCACACAGCUACCAUCAACCCCGACACCUGCACGAUGACUGCAUCGGCCUGGACACGCUCCUGGCUCACAUCAACGCAGAGGCGAAAUGUCAAGUGGAGUGCAGCCUGGAGGCCGCGCCCACUGACAGACUCUCCCCGGGGCCACAGCGCCAGUCGCCGGGUUCACUGCCGUCCAGCUCCCCGCUGAGCGACGGAGCCUGCAGUGACCGAGGUUCGGACUGGGAUUUGUGGGGUCCGCCGUCCCCGUCCUCCUAUCCAGACUCAGAAGACGGCAUGCAUCAUCACUUCAACACCAUGGCAGCUUAUGCCUGGACCUCCUACCCCGGUUCUGGCCUGGGGCGUGCGGUCCAGAGUCCGUAUCUGCACCUCCCUCCCUCCAGAGGCCCGGGGAGCGGGGCCCCCGCACUUUACACGCAGAGGGCCACUCCUGCUGCAGUCCAGGUGCAACCAAUGUGCAGGAUCCAGAAGUUUGUGGACGUAAAAGGGGGGCAGCGGGGGUGUGACGUGAAGACUGAAGAGGAUUUCACGAGCGUGGAUGGCUCCAUGAGCUAUAAGUGCAUCAAGUGUUACAAGGUGUUCUCCACGUCCCACGGCCUGGAGGUGCACGUGAGGCGCUCCCACAGCGGGACUCGUCCUUUUGAGUGCGGGGUUUGCGGCAAAACCUUCGGCCACGCCGUGAGCCUGGAUCAGCACGGGGCGGUCCACUCGCAGGAGAGGACCUUCAGCUGCAACAUCUGCGGCAAAAGCUUCAAGCGCUCCUCCACGCUGUCCACGCACCUGCUCAUCCACUCGGACACGCGGCCGUACCCGUGCCAGUACUGCGGCAAGAGGUUCCACCAAAAGUCGGACAUGAAAAAGCACACCUUCAUCCACACAGGCGAGAAGCCGCACAAGUGCCAAGUGUGCGGGAAGGCCUUCAGCCAGAGCUCCAACCUGAUCACGCACAGCAGGAAGCACACGGGAUUCAAACCUUUCGGCUGUGAGCUGUGCGGGAAAGGCUUCCAGAGGAAAGUGGACCUGAGGAGGCACAAAGAGACCCAGCACGGACUCAAAUAAUCCACUCAUGUGAAUUAACUUCUGCACUUUCAUGCACACCUGGGACUGUUAUUUAUUCAUUACCUUAAUAAACCAUAACAUUUAAUAACUGCCUUUUUGGGUCUUAUCUAACGAGGUACUGCAUGUGAUUAAUCACCACUGCAUCAACGCACAAUAAUAACCCAAAUGAUUUUAUUAUGUUGCUUCAGUAGAAGCCCCGAUGGCACUUUAUGGAUAAAACUGUUACUAAGUUUGGAGCAAAGACAUUACUAUAAUUAGGCAUAUACUUGAAAAAAUGUUUGUGUGGGGAAAGUCUGAUAAUAAAAUAUAGUCGUGGUCAAAAGUUUGCAUAAACUUGUGAAGAACAUAAUGUCAUG